AAUGAAGAGAUAUACUAAUACAGAAGAUUCAGCAGAGGAUUUAACCACUUAUUGGGGAAGACUCAAGCAUUUUUAAAACAUUAUUAGUCCUGCGUAUUUGAAUAUCUUAUAAUCAUAGCAACAUAUUCUAUUCUCCUGAACAAUUGAGUGAAUAUGGAAAAAUUUUAGAAAACGUUGACAAAGAUCCAUCAAUUAGAAAAUAAUACACAGAUUAAUAAUUAUGGAAAAUGAGAUAUGUAGUAGACUCUAACAUUCACCCUUAAUUAAAAGAACCUGUUAACAUUCUAUUCAGAACCUCAACAUUUGUUCCUGUAAAUGUACCUUUAGCUUUUGGAUUAGCAGUAUUACCACCAACAGUAAUUCUUAUUUUCAUACAUAGCCAAUCAAUUAAUUGUUAGCUCAAUCUGCUAAUCAAACCUAUAACUUUAUGUUUAAUUAUUGUAAUAGAAAUGCAUCUAAUGUAUUUUCCAAUGAAAUGUUGGCAUGUAAUACUUUCAUAACAUCUUAUUAGUUUCAUAUGGUGGAGCAGUUUCAUCAGCUGUAGUUGGAAGUUUGGGAACAUCUUGGCUUUUCAAGAAACUUAAUGCUCCUGCACUUCUUAUUAGAGUAAUUAUGAAUUUUAUAUUAUUUAAAAGGCUUGUCCCUUAUUUGGUGUAUUGAUUGCAAAUACAUUUAAUCUAUUUUUUGCAAGAUAUCCAGAUUUCUAAAAGGGAAUUCAAGUUUUUGAUGAUGAAACAUAAGAACCGUUACCAGGAUUAUCUAAAGAGGCAGGUAAAUGCAUCAAUUAAUAUUUGUUAAGCUAAAAUUGCAUUCUUUAGAACUCUUGUUACAAGAUAUAUUUUGCCAUUGCCUAUGUUCAUACCACCUAUAGUCAUAUAUUAUAUGAAAUAAGCAAAAUGUUAUCCUCAAGGGAGAGCAAUAGGUUUAGCACUAGAUUUAAGUAUUCAUAUUAUGCUAACCUAGGUUUAUCUGGAUUCUUCUUAUAUUGUGGUCUUUCUGUUGGAAUAGGAAUAUUCCCAUAAUAUUUAAAGGUUAAUCCAACCGAUUUAGAAUCAUAAUAUUAAAAUCUAACCAAUAGUAAAGGAAAUAAGAUAAAGACAAUCGUAUUUAAUAAGGGAUUAUGA